GUGCUUUUCGUGUCAGUAGACACAUUUAACCCUCUCCUCAGAAUAACCGAUGCAUAGACAGCUGUCUCUUUUUCUCUUUCUUUUUCUUUGACUUCUCUUCCUCAAUUUCCCUUUUGUAGGAUUCUCUGCAGCUUUUGUUAUCUUUAUGGCUCUGGAAACUCUCCCUUAGAGGAAUUUAUGUAACUGCAACAGGACAGAGACACCUUAAGCACAUACAUGCUGGAGGAAGCCACAACAUAAGCACCUUCAACGGGAACAACUUUAAAAGUCUGAGGAUUGCUGGGAGAGAAGAAGAAGAACAAUCAGGCUGAAAAAGCAGGACCAUGCCGGGCUGUCAGAUCUGGACUGGGUUUUUGCCGGUUCUGCUGGUCUUUCUGCUGUCUGCAUCUGGUUCAGGGAAUGCUCGCAUGAUCAGGAAGAGAGGACUCAACCAGAAGGACUACGAGUACCCCAACCAUCCUCAGACGGCUCAGCACCAGAAGAACGACCGCUGUCCUCCUCCGCCGCAGAUGCUGCCCGAGCGGGCCUGUGAGGUUCCGGGCUGCCGGUCCGAUUCGGAGUGUGAGAGACACAAACGGUGCUGCUACAACGGCUGCAUCUACGCCUGCCUGGAGUCAGUGCAACCUCCACCAGUGCUGGACUGGUUGGUGCAGCCCAAGCCGCGGUGGUUAGGAGGCAAUGGCUGGCUUUUAGAUGGACCAGAAGAAGUUCUGCAGGCUGAGGCCUGUAGUACCACGGAGGAUGGAGAUGAGCCUUUGCUCUGCCCAACUGGUUAUGAGUGCCACAUUAUCAACCCGGGAAACCCUUCAGCUGGGAUCCCAAACCGAGGCCAGUGCAUCAAACAGCGUGGAAACUCAGAUGGACGUAGCCUGAGACACAAGUCCUUCAAAGAUUACAAGGAUUAUUUAGGAAGUAACUCCAACAAUGCAGUGAGCUAUGAGAAACAUCAGCAUAAGCAUUUGGGCUGAGACAGGUUCGAUUCUGGAUGAGUGAAGUAACCAGUAACCACUGACCCUUAUACCUGAACCACAACCGUUAAAUCAAACAGAACUGCACAAGCCUUUCUCUUCAGCUUAAACCAUAGAUUGGUUCAAAUCUGGUGCUCUUUUUCUUAAGUGCUUACGGUGUGACAAAGAUGGCGUGACAAAAAUGCAAAGUUAAAAUUUCCUACCUCUCAUGAAAGCCAAAAACAGACGACAGAAAGUAUCAAAAAACUUGUACAAUAACAUGUCUAAUACUUUGGGUAAAAUGACAAUUAUCUAUAUGUGAGUUAAAGGAAACUAUUUGGUGUGUGGUUUUUAUGCUGCUGAGUCAGAUUUUUUUUCCCCACUUUAAACAUCAAAAACUAACUACUCUCAUUUACCGUGCAGCUUUAACUUUUGGUAUAGAAAUGCUCCAUAAUCACUUUAAUUUCAUACCACACAAUUAUGUUUCUGCUUUAGAAUUUUUGUUGUUGUCGUUGUUGUUUGUUUUCAAAAAAAUCGUGUUUGGGUGCUUCUCUCAGCUAGUUCAUUAUAGCCAAGAAAAUGUUAAAUUCCUUCUGUGCUCUGUCACUGCAAGCUAUUUGUUUUUCAUAUGGUGCUCCAAUCAAUAACUUUGGUUGUUGUUGUUGUUGUUGUUGUUUACUCAUGGUGCAGGUUUAUGUUUUACUCCACUGCUCUCUGAUAAGCUAUAGAAAUCUGACGAGUGGGAUAAACCACAAUACAGCUUUCAGUGAAACAAAACAUUUGAAACUGGUGCUGCAUAUACUGCCUUGUAAUUCCAAAUAAAAC